AUGGAAGAAAUCAAACUAACUUCAGCAGCCGAUCAAAAUAACCAUACAAGCCUUUCAUCUCCGGCCAAUCCAUCGAAUUCUCAACAACCAUCCUCACAGGAACAACCACCCGAACGAAGAAGUAGAAAUCCAUUCAAACGAUUCAAGAAGAAGAAGAAGGAUGAACCCACAGACCAAGAUGAAAUCAAAGAUGAAAGAGAGCCACAGAUCAAGGGGUCUGAUAAUUUGAUCAUUUUCAAGAUCUUUGGUUGGAAUUGGUUAUUGGUCUUGCUUGGAAGUAUUGGUUCAUUGGGAAAUGGUGUAAUUCCUUUAUCCUUUCAGUUUGUCAUGGGCGACUUGUUGAACAUUUUCCAACCUAAAAACGGAGUCAUUCCAACAGUGCAAUCCAUGAAGGAUAACAUUGCAAUAGUGGCCACCAAUUUUGCAAUUAUUGCCGCUGCAGCUGCUGUGGCUAGUUUUCUUUCACAAUUCUUUUUAAAUUGGGCAAGUGAACGAAUGGGAGUGGCAUUGAGAAAGGCAUACUUUAAUGCAUUGACUUCUCAAGAGAUGGGAUUUUUUGACAUUAAAAAGACAGGUGCUCUGACUGUUGCGCUCAGUGAAGACAUUUCCAAAAUUCAAGAAGCCUACUCCAACAAGCUUGCCCUCUUUUUACAAAACUUUGCUCAAUUUGUUAUUGGUGUGGUUUUGGCCUUCGUGAGUAGCUGGCAAAUGUCUCUUGUCAUGAUUUCAACCUCUCCAUUGUUAGUUCUUGGUAUUGGUAUUUUAAGCAAACUUGUUGAAUUUUUAACAAAGAAAACCAAUAAGGCUACAGAACACAGUGCAGCACUUGCAACUGAAGUCGUUGGUGCAUUCAGAACGGUUAAAAGUAUGGGUUGUGAAACAAAGGAACAAGAAAGAUUUGCUCAAGAUUUGAAGAAUAUUCACUUGUAUGGUCUGAUUAAGGCAAGUAUGCAAGGAACCACUUUUGCUGCUGUCUCCAUUAUUUUGUGGGGUACAGUUGCAUUGUCUUUUUGGUAUGGAGGCGGUCUUGUUGCUGAAGGAACCAUCACUGUCGGUGACAUGAUGAAAGUAUUCGGUAUGAUGUUGUUUGGUGUCUUGGGUCUUUCUCAAGCCGGAACUGUUCUUCCAGAUUUUUCAAAGGCUCAAAUGUCGCAAAAAACUCUAUUGAAGGUUCUUAAGAGACAGCCUGCAAUUCCAUUCAGAGGUGGUGUAAUUCCUGAAGAACCUCUUAAGGGCAAUGUUCAAAUUAGAAAUGUCAAUUUUUCUUAUCCUUCUAGACCUAAUGUGACGGUAUUGAAGAACUUUAACAUGGAAAUUAAACCAGGAACCUCUGUUGCUUUGGUAGGACCAUCAGGAUCUGGAAAAUCGACCUUUGUUGGACUUCUCGAAAGAUUCUAUGAUCCACAAGAAGGAGAAAUUAUUAUUGAUGGUCACAAGAUUAAGGAUAUUGAUCCUCAAUGGCUUCACAAGAAUAUUGGAAUUGUCACACAAGAACCUGUUCUUUUCUCUUGUACCAUUCGAGAAAAUAUUGCCUAUGCUGCUGGACUCGAAAAUGUGACACAAGAGCAAAUUGAGAAUGCAGCUAAAGCAGCAAAUUGUCACAACUUUAUUGUUGAAAUGCCAGAUGGUUACAACACAAAAUUAGGAGAGAAAGGUAUUUCACUUUCAGGAGGACAAAAGCAACGUGUUGCCAUAGCAAGAGCUGUUCUGCAAAACCCUCAAAUCUUGUUAUUGGACGAGGCCACAUCUGCUCUUGAUACAGAAUCAGAAGCUUUGGUUCAACAAGCGUUGGACAAUUUGAUGAAGGGAAGAUCUACAAUAUGCAUUGCUCACAGACUGAGUACCGUUCAAAAUUGCGACACUAUUUAUGUGUUGGUGAAAGGAGAAUUGAAAGAAUCUGGUACGCACCAUGAGCUGCUCAAGAUCGAGAACGGAGUGUACAAGAAAUUGGCAGAAAAGCAAAUGUUAUUUGGUAGAAGUGAUAGUGUUGAGUUUGACCGAGUGACAACUCAGGAAAUCAUAUCAGACGAAACGUCUUCGAAUGUCAUUAAUGAAUAA